GCGUUUAUUUAAAGUUAUCUCAGCUGCACGUGCGGAAUGCUUGUCACAAGUUGUAAGAGAAGAUAAGGCAACUUUUUUUUUUUUGACUGCAAUUCACACCCAGCGGUAAUUCAGCAAAAAUAUUCUCCGAAUGCAGCACGUGAAACAUGGAUUCGGUCUCCCGUCCUUUAGGAUCAGUUGAGGGAGAGAGCAAAGACAGAACUGAAGACGGAGAGUGCGCGCGCGGAAAAACCCUGACAUUGUCAUAAAAGAAUACAAACUAUGAUUUGAAUAUCUUUAAAACUGUAAGCUGAACUUUUUUCAACAGGCUAAAUACUAAUGUGGCAAUAUGACACUGCUCGCACCCAAAAGGUCUCGUGCAUGAAGAAACUCACACGUUCAAAGAAAUCUUAGAAGGCUGAAGACAUCCAGUAAAAGAGCACAGAAGGAUCUCAGGCGAUGUUUUGAGGUGUGACCACUUGAUGGCAGACGCUCGCACGGCUGAUAGCAGUAGCGUCGAUUGUCCCUCGUCGGCGCCGGUAGUCGAGCUUAUCUUCCGCUGACAGGAAGUGGCUGGUCCUUUUCCGCAGACUCAAACAUGGCCCGAGGACCGAAGAAGCAUCUGAAGCGUGUCGCAGCUCCUAAACACUGGAUGCUGGACAAACUCACUGGAGUGUUUGCUCCUCGUCCCUCCACCGGUCCCCACAAACUGAGGGAGUGCCUGCCCCUCAUCAUCUUCCUGAGGAACCGUCUCAAGUACGCUCUGACCGGAGAUGAGGUCAAGAAGAUCUGCAUGCAGAGGUUCAUCAAGAUCGAUGGCAAGGUCCGCACUGAUGUCACCUACCCCACUGGCUUCAUGGAUGUGGUUAGCAUUGAGAAGACCAGUGAGAACUUCAGACUGAUCUAUGAUGUCAAGGGGCGCUUCACAGUUCACCGCAUCACAAACGAGGAGGCCAAGUACAAAUUGUGCAAGGUGAGGAAAAUCCUCAUCGGCACAAAGGGAAUCCCACAUCUGGUGACCCAUGACGCCCGCACCAUCCGUUACCCUGAUCCUAUGAUCAAGGUCAACGACACCGUCCGCAUUGACCUGGACACUGGCAAAAUUACAGAUUUCAUCAAAUUUGAGACAGGCAACAUGUGCAUGGUGACCGGAGGUGCUAACUUGGGGCGUAUUGGUGUGAUCACCAAUAGAGAGAAGCAUCCUGGAUCUUUUGAUGUGGUGCAUGUUAAAGACAGCACUGGCAACAGCUUUGCCACCAGGCUCUCCAACAUCUUCGUCAUCGGCAAGGGCAAUAAGCCAUGGGUGUCCCUGCCUCGUGGAAAGGGUAUCCGCCUGACCAUUGCUGAGGAGAGAGACAAGAGACUGGCUGCCAAACAGAGCAGCAGCUAAGUCGACAGACUAGCAAACACCUUGGUUUCAAAUAAAAGGUUAUUUACAACUA